UAUACUUACCUUGAUGGCAUAAGCUCCUUCAUGGACCUGGGCUUUUGGGCCGUGGGAACACUCCAUAGCACGGCGACCCUGUCCAUUCAGAGUGGGCCUGCGGUUUGUAUGGGCUUCGGCUCAUGCACCGUCUCAAUAUUUUCCUGUUCCGCCACGGCCACUCGGCUAGGCGGGCCCCCUCUUUUUUUUUGGUCCUUCAAUGGGUCUAACCCUAACCUAUGGGAUAUAUUGUGCUUUGACACCGUUUAGGCUAUGUCAUCAUGGUAACCAUUCAACCAAUGCAUUUCCGUUACCUGUAGUUGAGCUUAGCGCUGCCGGGAGCUGGGACUUCACACGGGUAACCAGCCCGGCCUCGGGUUGUGUCCUGUUUGAGCGACUGAGGUUGAUGGACUUGCCUCCACCAUAGGCGAAGGCACGGCAACUUGCCGCAGAUGAGUGGUGGAUGUGUGAUCAGCCGGAGCUCUUCGUGGCUCAUUUUCCCGCUGACUCAGCCAUGAUGUGUCAAAGCGGCGUUGCCCUUGGAGCACGCGAUGACGCCGCAAUCUUCAACUGAUUGGCGUGUUCUGUGUUUAUAAGCGAACGAGAUUUGAGAGUUGGUAAGCACCGUCUUUCCCUCCUAUUCACAAUGCAGCGCCAAAUUAUUCUGUACACUGCCCGGGUCUGCCCAUUCGCUCACCGCGUUGAGCUCGCGUUGAACGAGGCCAAGGCGUCUUUCACGCGCUUCGAGAUCGAUCUGUCCAACAAGCCGACAUGGUACGCGCCCAAGGUCAAUCCCGCGAGCAAGGUUCCUGCGAUCGCGUACGGCGGCGCUCAAUCAGCCCCGGAGGACCCGUCCCCCGACUCCGACAAGAUCGCUGAAUCGCUCGUCCUGCUCGAAUUUGUCGCAGAUCUCUUCCCGGAAUCGGGCAUCUUGCCCAAGGACCCGGUGCAGCGCGCCAAAGCGCGGUUCUUCAUCGAUGCCGUCAGCACGAAGCUCCUCCCGGUCUACAUCGGGCCCCUCGUUAAGGGCACGUCGUUCGACGCGUUCCUCGACGCGCUCGCGGCGCUGCAGGAUCUGCUGCCAGAGGAAGGCAAGGGCCCGUAUCUGCUCGGGGAGCAGUUCAGCGCGGCGGACAUCGCGUUGGCGCCGUUCCUGGCCCGCACGGAGGUCUGGUUGAAGGGCAGCAUCGGCGCGUUUUCGGCCGAGGCGGGGGAGAAGGCGGCGCAGGAGCUGUACCACGGCGAUCGGUUCAGGAAGCUUGCCAAGUAUUACGAGACGAUCAAGCAGCGGGACAGCUUCAAAGCGACAUGGGACGCGGACGUCAUCAAGACUUACUACUCCGCCCGCUUUUCACCUCUCCGAGCCGCCGCUACACCGGUGGCUGCGGCAGCGUAAUUGAAGCCGUAUUCUAUUCGUGUUCGUUCCUCCCCAUGAGAAUGGAUUGUAUAGUAUUUGCUUUAUACGUUGCAGUACACACGCAUCUCAGACGAUCCCCCACGAGGCGUUCUCGACGAUCCCAUCGUCCAGCGGCGCGAACUUGACAAACUCGAACUCGGGGAUCCCGACAUCGUUCUUCUUGGCAUUUUUGUCCUCGGGGAAAUAAUCCCGGAUGAACACCGAGAUAGUGACGUUUCCAGCUGCCGGAUACCCACUCAGCUUGUGGUCGUCUCACAGACUUUGUGUGAGAAAGUCCUCACCGGUGAUGGUCAGAUUAUGUUGGCAGAUGGGAUUUCUGCCCGAUAGUAAGCACAGGCAUAGUGGAA